CGUAUUGUUUAACUUCAACCGACCGUGGGGGCGUUCCUCUCGAGAAAGAUGGCUUACGGUGUGCCCCCUAUGUACCUGAAGGGCUGUUCCAGGAAAUAAGACACCAGAGUACGAAUACUGUCCGAAGCUGGUGCGCACAUCAAAAAAAUGCAUCGCCAUGGGAAACAACUUAACUAAAGCUGUCGAUAAGUGGGGUCUCAACCCUCGGACAUUUCUAAACAAACGCAAGGGGACGAAGGGUUCACCAGCGUAUCCCCCCCAUGAGCCACCAGAGGCGCAUGUGUAUGACACGGUGGCGGACAUGCCAGUCUACUCAGUGGUGAGCAAGAAAAAGAAGCAAGCGGAGGAGCUGCAUUAUGCCGAGGUCCAGGUCCUGCAGCCGCACUCUGCCUCCCCCAGGAGGGACCAGAGGCCAUCUCCUGCAAGCAACAUCACCACGGAAUACGCCACCAUAGACUUUGAGCCCCCUGCCCCCUCACCUAACACCCGACUCAACAGCCUUAAGCCGUCCCUCUCCUCCAAACCAGCAGAUAUCCUCAUUCCCCCCGGUGACCUACAAAGACCCAUCCCCAAGGCUGGCAUGAGGAAGGUGGCCUCCAAGAAGACCGUAGUUGUCUAAGGCUGGUUUUACACCAAGACCACUACAAGAGACUGUUUGCAUUGGUUGGCAUUUAAAUGGUUGGCAUUUGGCAUUGCUUAUACAUUUGAGCUGGUGUGUCAUUCAGGACUAACAUAUUCAACAUACACAGUCCCAAUGGGUCCUCUUACUGUACAUAGUCUCCAUGAGAAAAAAUGAACACUCCAUGAAGGGAUUGUUUUUUUUUUAAACAUUGUCUCAAGGUUGUCCUUUCAUUUUUAAACAGCAAACGAAGGCAACACUUGGAGCCUCUUGCCAAGUGUUAAACUUUGUCAUUCCCUUUGAAUAACAUUCAUUUGGAUUAUGUUGUUUAACAAACACACUGUUUUUCUCAGUCAGCCCCAGUUCCGCUUCCUUGCUUGAGGUGAACGCAUAUUUACAUCGUUACACGUACAUGUCAUCUGUGCGUGCUUUAUAUAUUUCAUAGGCUCAGGGAUUCUUUUUUUAUUUGAUUUUUUAAAAUACAUUAACUUUCAUAAACAAAAAUAGUAGCACUCACAUACUUUGCAUAUAUGAACUAAAAGAAGGCCCACAGAUUCUUGAUGACUUUUCAGGAUUCUACAUUGAGCAGGCAGUUGACUCUCAGGUUAUCAGGUUAACAGGUUAACUCCUGUUCUCUUCCAAGACCCUUAUGUUUACCAUCAUGUCCAAGCAGACGUUCCUUCUGGAGCCAGCUGGGAGCCCUGGAUUACAUUCCUAACUGUAAUCACCAUUGAAAUCCAUUGGGUACACACACUUGCUGUACCUGCUGAUGUUGAUUUUUAGAAUGCAAUGCAUUUUCUUUUUCAAAAUGUGAAAAGUCUGUGUGUCAGCGCAUGUACGCGUAUGGACACAAAUGCAUACUUGUGAUUCAUUUUCUAUGAUAAGAUGAUGUUUUUAACUAGUUAUGGCACUUUGGAGAUUCAUGCUAUAUUUCUACAAUUGUGGUUUAAUUGCAAAGAAUGUACUCCCUUAUGGAAAUAGAAUAAUUUAUGUAUUGCAAGACUUCAUAUUAUACUAGUGGCAAAAAAACAUUGCCACUUUAAAGACAUUUAAAGACAUAUAUUACAGCACAAUGAAAUACAUCUUUAAAUACAUAUUGAUGAUAAGCAACAUCAUAUUCCUGUUCUGUCAGGUCAGUUGUGUCCUUUACUUUUCCCCAAAGAAUUGAAUAUAAUUUACAGUGCCUGGCCUACAAUACUUCUAUAGCAGGUUCUCUUUUGUGCAGGAAAGUGUUAAAUAAUGGCACUCUAGGUCUACAAUCCUAUUUCAACCCUGCACUGUUAAAAAUGUUUUGGUUUAUCAUCUUAACAUAUUGUUGAUUACCAGAUUUUCCUGUUUUAUAAAAAGACACCUGUUAUUGUGUAAGUCUGGAAUCAUUGUUUCACGAAGUUUUUUUCGGAUUGUCAGCUUAUUUAAGCAUAAUAGUAUAUACAUGUGUAGCCUAUGUGAAAAAAACAUUAAAAUAAUUUAAAAUACUUAAA